GAACACAUGAUUGAUAUAAAAUGUGUUUUGAAAAGUGUUAAAUGUAUGAUAUGUUAGGUUAAGUGACUGUAUAUUGUUUAAAGUAUUGUCAAUUGAUUAUCCAAAUUGUGUAUAACCUAACAUAAAAUAUCCCUAACUUUUUAAAUACUAGUCUAAAUAAAUACACACAAAUCUAUAGAUAUAUGAGUUGUCAAUACUAUUAAAGGUAUGUCUCAGGGAAAGCUCAAAGUUAAGGCCAAACUGCCCGCUAAUGCCAAACAACAUUCAGUCCAUAGGGGGUCCAAUCGGGUCAACAAAUCACCGAAAAAGCAGAAGAAACUGACGAAGAAUCAAAUGCUACAGAAAGAGGUGACAAAAGCGAUCCGUAAGAACAUAGAGGAUGAGUGCAGAGCUAAAGCCGAUAACGACGGCAAACAAAUCGCCACAACUAGUGGUCAGAAAAAAUAAAUAAUUAUUUGUGAAAAAAAUAUUUCAAAUCAAUAAUUCAUUUAUCAUAUGAUUUAUUUUCUGUCAAAUAAAAAAAUGAUUAUUUUAAUA